AUGCCAGUCCCAGAGUGCAAGUCCCAGAGUGCAUGUCCCAGAGUGCAAGUCCCAGAGUGCAUGUCCCAGAGUGCAAGUCCCAGAGUGCAAGUCUCAGAGUGCAAGUCCCAGAAUGCCAGUCCCAGAGUGCAAGUCUCAGAGUGCAAGUCCCAGUGUGCAAGACCCAGAGUGCAAAUCCCAGAGUGCAAGACCCAGAGUGCAUGUCCCAGAGUGCAAAUCCCAGAGUGCAAGACCCAGAGUGCAUGUCCCAGAGUGCAAAUCCCAGAGUGCAAGACCCAGAGUGCAUGUCCCAGAGUGCAAGUCCCAGAGUGCAUGUCCCAGAGCAAAAGCUGCGCCAGUAUUCAACAUGAGAUACACAGCUUGAACUACAAAUCCAUGUGUAAGCUGCCCGGGUGUAUGACAUCAACUACUAUUCAAGGAAUACAACGCAAGCCUUGCAGCUGCAGCGAGGAGCGGGCUGAGGUUCCUCCAACACCCACCCCAUCCUUCCCUCCACUGAGCGAGGAGCGGGCUGAGGUUCCUCCAACACCCACCCCAUCCUUCCCUCCACUGAGCGAGGAGCGGGCUGAGGUUCCUCCAACACCCGCCCCAUCCUUCCCUCCACUGAGCGAGGAGCGGGCUGAGGUUCCUCCAACACCCACCCCAUCCUUCCCUCCACUGAGCGAGCAGCGGGCUGAGGUUCCUCCAACACCCACCCCAUCCUUCCCUCCACUGAGCGAGCAGCGGGCUGAGGUUCCUCCAACACCCACCCCAUCCUUCCCUCCACUGAGCGAGGAGCGGGCUGAGGUUCCUCCAACACCCACCCCAUCCUUCCCUCCACUGAGCGAGGAGCGGGCUGAGGUUCCUCCAACACCCGCCCCAUCCUUCCCUCCACUGAGCGAGGAGCGGGCUGAGGUUCCUCCAACACCCACCCCAUCCUUCCCUCCACUGAGCGAGGAGCGGGCUGAGGUUCCUCCAACACCCACCCCAUCCUUCCCUCCACUGAGCGAGGAGCGGGCUGAGGUUCCUCCAACACCCACCCCAUCCUUCCCUCCACUGAGCGAGGAGCGGGCUGAGGUUCCUCCAACACCCGCCCCAUCCUGCCCUCCACUGAGCGAGGAGCGGGCUGAGGUUCCUCCAACACCCACCCCAUCCUUCCCUCCACUGAGCGAGGAGCGGGCUGAGGUUCCUCCAACACCCACCCCAUCCUUCCCUCCACUGAGCGAGGAGCGGGCUGAGGUUCCUCCAACACCCGCCCCAUCCUGCCCUCCACUGAGCGAGGAGCGGGCUGAGGUUCCUCCAACACCCGCCCCAUCCUUCCCUCCACUGAGCGAGGAGCGGGCUGAGGUUCCUCCAACACCCGCCCCAUCCUUCCCUCCACUGAGCGAGGAGCGGGCUGAGGUUCCUCCAACACCCGCCCCAUCCUGCCCUCCACUGAGCGAGGAGCGGGCUGAGGUUCCUCCAACACCCGCCCCAUCCUUCCCUCCACUGAGCGAGGAGCGGGCUGAGGUUCCUCCAACACCCGCCCCAUCCUGCCCUCCACUGAGCGAGGAGCGGGCUGAGGUUCCUCCAACACCCGCCCCAUCCUUCCCUCCACUGAGCGAGGAGCGGGCUGAGGUUCCUCCAACACCCGCCCCAUCCUGCCCUCCACUGAGCGAGGAGCGGGCUGAGGUUCCUCCAACACCCGCCCCAUCCUGCCCUCCACUGAGCGAGGAGCGGGCUGAGGUUCCUCCAACACCCGCCCCAUCCUGCCCUCCACUGAGCGAGGAGCGGGCUGAGGUUCCUCCAACACCCGCCCCAUCCUGCCCUCCACUGAGCGAGGAGCGGGCUGAGGUUCCUCCAACACCCGCCCCAUCCUGCCCUCCUCUGAGCGAGGAGCGGGCUGAGGUUCCUCCAACACCCGCCCCAUCCUGCCCUCCACUGAGCGAGGAGCGGGCUGAGGUUCCUCCAACACCCACCCCAACCUUCCCUCCACUGAGCGAGGAGCGGGCUGAGGUUCCCCCAACACCCGCCCCAUCCUUCCCUCCACUGAGCGAGCAGCGGGCUGAGGUUCCUCCAACACCCACCCCAUCCUUCCCUCCACUGAGCGAGGAGCGGGCUGAGGUUCCUCCAACACCCACCCCAUCCUUCCCUCCACUGAGCGAGGAGCGGGCUGAGGUUCCUCCAACACCCACCCCAUCCUUCCCUCCACUGAGCGAGCAGCGGGCUGAGGUUCCUCCAACACCCGCCCCAUCCUUCCCUCCACUGAGCGAGGAGCGGGCUGAGGUUCCUCCAACACCCGCCCCAUCCUUCCCUCCACUGAGCGAGCAGCGGGCUGAGGUUCCUCCAACACCCACCCCAUCCUUCCCUCCACUGAGCGAGGAGCGGGCUGAGGUUCCUCCAACACCCACCCCAUCCUUCCCUCCACUGAGCGAGCAGCGGGCUGAGGUUCCUCCAACACCCACCCCAUCCUUCCCUCCACUGAGCGAGGAGCGGGCUGAGGUUCCUCCAACACCCACCCCAUCCUUCCCUCCACUGAGCGAGCAGCGGGCUGAGGUUCCUCCAACACCCACCCCAUCCUUCCCUCCACUGAUCGGUAUCGGUGGUAUCACUCACUAG